AUGGCCGCCAUCAAGGCGCUGCAGCAGUGGUGCCGGCAGCAGUGCGAGGGCUACCGCGACGUGAGCAUCACCAACAUGACCACGUCGUUCCGCGACGGCCUGGCCUUCUGCGCCAUCCUGCACCGCCACCGGCCCGACCUCCUAAACUUUGAUGCUCUCAGGAAGGAAAACAUUUAUGAGAACAACAAACUGGCCUUCUCUCUGUGGUCGAAGGAGCAGUUGGCAUCUCCAAAAUCUGUUGACGGAGGACAUGGUGGGGUUCUGAAGGGCCAGGCCUCGGCGGGCAGCUCCAUCAGCAGCACCUGUGGGGUCUGUGGCAAACACGUGCACCUCGUGCAACGACACCUGGCCGACGGGAGGCUCUACCACCGGAACUGCUUCAGGUGUAAGCAGUGCUCCAACACGCUGCACUCGGGGGCCUACAGGGCCACCGCCGAGCCCGGCGUCUUCGUGUGUUCCAGCCACCACCCCGAAGCCACCUCUGCAAGCCCCACGUUGCCACGCUUGGCCCCCCGACAGCCCAGGGCUGUCCCCUCGGACUCCAAGCCGCCCAGAGCCCCAUGGAAGGCCCAAGAAGCAAAUGGGCACAGAGACACGGGGACAAAGGCCAGGCCAGCGGCCUGGGAGCCUGUGGUGGGCAACUCAACUCCCAAAGGUGUCGCCCCCACUACGACUGAGCCUCGGGCCACCGCCUCCUCCCACGUCCACGCGGGGAGCCCAGCCGGGUCCUCGGUGGGCCCGCCGGGUGGCAAAGCCAACGUGCCCGUGGCCAACAGUUCCCCGAGAGGGUGGUCGUCGCUGGGACAGGACAGGGCAGCAGUCGGCCCCCACCCUGCCGCGACCCCAAGUGCCCCAGACUCUCGCCCAGCCACGCCGCAAGGCCGGGUGACCCCCCAAGGGGCAGCCCCCCGGACCAAGCUCAGGUUGGGCCCAGUGUCUCCGGUCCCGGCAGACACCCCAGACUGGACCCCAUCGGCCUCCAGGACACAGCAGGCCCGGGAGAGUUUCUUCCAGACGCCCGCAGCUGCCUCCAGCCCAGCUGGCAGGGCCCCAGCUCCCGCGGAUGUGCCUUCUGGGGACGGCGGCAGGGAACAGGCACUGAGCUUCCUGCAGAAGACCCUGCCGGGGCUCAGGGACACCGGCGCUCAGGAGCCUGGCAGGCCCUCCCCAGUCACCUCCCCUGCUCUGAAACCCUACACCAGAACGGAAGGGCCACGAGCAAGUCCAGCGGCCAAGCUGUCACCGCUGGCAUCUCCCCAAGCCCUUAAUCCCCCUGCGAGGACUGAGCCACCAGCCCCCCUAAGCAGAGGCACCACCUCGCAGGCUUCCCCGCCACCCCAGAGCUCGCCCGUAUCCUCGGGGGCUGGCAAGGCGGGUGCUGGCUCCAGGCUGAAGCCGGAGGUCCCACUGGCAAAGGGCCCCAGUGCCAGCCCCCAGGAAGGCCAGGAGGACGGGCCGGCAGGAUGGAGGGCCCGCCUGAAGCCUGUGGAGAAGAAAAACCCUGCUGAGAGGGGUCCGGAGUCGAAGGAGCCACGGAUCCUGGGAGAGCCUAGGGCGGGCGAGGCACCCGGGAAGGUCCCUGGGAGCUCCGCGGGGCACGUCCACACCCCCCCGGCCCCUCUUGGGCCUGAGAGGACACGGGGCGCAGCGAGCCCUGGGCCCGGCCUCUCAGCCGCAUCCCCCUCCCUGUCCCCGGCCCCGACCCCGACCCACCGCAGGAAGCUGGCUGUCCCUGCCAGUCUGGACGUUUCUGGAGACUGGCUUUGUCCCGAGCCCCGGGAGCAGGAAGCCGCAGCCGGGAGCUGGAAGAAGGAGAAAGAGAAGCCCCCUGCUCAGGACGCACCAGGUCAGCCCCGAGACACCGGCCCCCAUGCUGUCUGGCAUGCAGAGGAAGGGGCUCAUCUGAGGAGGGAGCGUCUGCUGGAGAAGCGUCUGCGCGCGGCCGAGGGGGAUGCCUCGGAGGACGCGCUCAUGGUCGACUGGUUCCAGCUCAUUCACGAGAAGCAGCUGCUGCUGAGGCAGGAGUCGGAGCUGAUGUACAAGGCCAAGGACCAGCGCCUGGCAGAGCAGCAGCUGGACCUGGAGGGGGAGCUCCGUCGGCUGAUGGCCAAGCCCGAGAGUCUGAAGUCAUCCCAGGACCGGCAGCGGGAGCAGGAUCUGCUAAACCAGUACGUGAAUACGGUGGAUGACCGCAGCAGCAUUGUGGACGUCCUGGAGGAGGACCGGCUCAGCCCUCGAGCCCCGUGUUCCCUGACCCUCGGGGGUCAGCGCCUGCUGACGGAGUUGCGCAAGGACGGAAACAUUCUAUACCGCGACUGGCUCACCGUGGCAGCCACAGGUGGCUACUGGGCACUUGCAGUGUGA